AUGCGAAACUAUACAGACAAUAUACAUAAAUCGCAUUUGCUGUUGAACAUGGAAGUGAUAGUGAUUUUCCAAUGGAUUAUCUUUACUGUGCUUUGUCAGACAAUUGAUGUUUUCGGGGUGGUAGCAAACAUCAUCAACGUGAUUUGUUUUAUCAAGCUAGGAUUCAAGGACCCAGUCAAUGUCAGCCUACUAG